AUGCUCGAUGCCGUCCGCUCGCCGGUUACGGGCCUGUCCGCCGUUUCUGCCAGAUACGGUGAAACAAAACAACUCAACGCCGCCUUCGCUGUGAACAAGAUGGCGUCUCCUCCUUCACCCGCACUCCGCGGGGGUUCCGCCCUUCUACUCACGCGUGACACCCGCCUGCACCAAUCACAUGAGAGCGAUGGCUGCCUUCCGCCAAUCAGAGAAGUGCUGCCGCCGCCAGUUUGCACCCUCAAAUGGGGAAGGUGGAAAGGACGUUUGUCCAGUCCAAUCACUGAACGGCUACGGGGUCGGCUCCACCAAUUGGAACCAUCUGCGUGUGGGCUUCGGUUUGUUGUUGAGUCCCACGUGGCGAAAGGAGUUGUUGACAGCCGUUUUGAUGGACGUCUCGAACGACCAAUCAACUUCCAGCGCAGGAAGGGCGGGAGAAUGCGUCUGGAUCGUCAACCGUUACCUGGAGACAGGGCGACAAGGAGAAUACACCACUCGUUACAGGCCGUGGCAGGUGUUCUGUCCCGCAGGAAAGAUGCCCCUGAGCUGGAGGGAGUGCGGAGGGAGAUUUACGAGGAUUUUGGUGGCUCUGUUUACACUGAAGGUAGUAAUCAGGAUUUACGGGGGAAUCUCAUUCAGCUGGGAAAGUGGGCCAAGCAGUGGCAAAUGCAGUUUAAUUCUGCUAAGUUCCAGGUGUCGCGUUUUGGGAGCACACAGCAGGGUUGGACUUUCACAGUGUAGAGUAGGAUCCUGGGGAAUGUUGUGGAACAGAGGGACCCAGGGAUACAGGGACACGGUUCCCUGAAAGUGGAGUCACGGGUAGACGGGGACCCUUGGGAGUGUUGUGGGACUGAGGGUCCCAGGGGUACAGGGACAUUGUUCCCUGAAAGUGGAGUCAUGGGUAGACACAGACCCUGGGGAGUGUUGUGGGACAGAGGGACCCGGGGUACAGGGACACGGUUCCCUGAAAGUGGAGUCACGGGGAGACGGGGACCCUGGGGCGUUUUGUGGGACAGAGGGACCCAGGGGUACAGGGACACGGUUCCCUGAAAGUGGAGUCACGGGUAGACGGGGACCCCGGGGAGUGUUCUGGGACAGAGGGACCCAGGGGUAAAGGGACACGGUUCCCUGUAAGUGGAGUCAUGGGUAGACGGGGACCCCGGGGAGUGUUGUGGAACAGGGACCCAGGGGUACAGGGACACGGUUCCCUGAAAGUGGAGUCACGGGUAGACGGGGACCCUGGGGAGUGUUGUGGGACAGAGGUACCCUGGGGUACAGGGACAUGGUUCCCUGAAAGUGGAGAUUUACCAGGAUGUUGAGGGACGGAGUUACGGAGGGAGGUUGGGCGGGUAGGGAGUUUAUUGGAGGGUAGGGGUGACCUGACAGAGGGGUAUAAAACCACCAGGGGCACAGACAGGUUGAAUGUACACAGUCUUUUCCCCAGGGUCGGGGAAUCGUGAAUCAGAGGACACAGGUUUAAGGUGAGAGGGGGUCAGGGAUUUAAUAGGGACCCGAGGGGCAACUGUUUCCCGCAGAGGGUGGUCCGUCUGUGGAAGUGGUCGAGGUGGGUACAUUAACGACACUUCGUCAGGGACACGGGUAGGAAAGGUUUGGAGGGAUACAGCUGUUCCGUCUGUGGAAGGUGCUGCCGGAGGAAGUGGUCGAGGCGGGUACAUUAACGACACUCGGACAGGGACACGGAUUGGAAAGGUUCAGAGGGAUACGAGUGGUCCGUCUGUGGAAGGAGCUGCCGGAGGAAGUGGUCGAGGCGGGUACAUUAACGUCACUCGGACAGGGACACGGAUAGAAAAGGUUUAGAGGGAUACGGGUGGUCCGUCUGUGGAAGGAGCUGCCGGAGGAACUGGU